CAAAUUUUUUAAGAAGCAUUGUCGUUCGAUAUUCAUACGUUUAAAUCAAUUCCACUUGUAUAACGAACAAGAAUGGAUUACUAAAGUGAAAAUCAAUUUUUAUUCUCUUAUUUCUAUUUCAUGUUUUUUAUUAUUAAAAAUUAUCAUUAAUAAAUUAAUAAAUUUAAUAUUUUUUUUGUUAAAUUUACUGAAUUUGAAAAAAAAAAUGACUAACUCUAAAAAUGUUCAAAAUCCUGUCAAAGGAUGGAAAUUUGGACCUCUUGAGUUUAAAACAGAACCGGAAUAUGUAUAUGCAACUGCUAUUAUUUUAGGAUAUUUUUUUACUAUAUAUGGACUUUUUAUUUUUCCAUAUACUUUGUCUAAGAAAACUAUUUUGUGGAAUUUGGCUAUAGGACUUUUUGCUAAAUUUGGAGAAACCGCUGGUGUUCAUCGUCUAUGGAGUCACAGAACUUAUAAAGCAAAGCUUCCUCUCAGAAUUUUUCUUCUUUUUUGUUAUUAUCUUACUUUCUGGUAUAGGGCUAUUGAUUGGAUAAAAUUUCAUCGAGUACAUCACAAAUAUACAGACACAGAUGCAGAUCCACAUAAUACAAAACGUGGAUUUUUCUAUUCUCACGCAGGAUGGAUUAUGUUGAAAAAACAUCCGGAAGUUAUAAAACGUAUUAGGGAACAUGAUUUUAGUGAUAUUUAUAAUGAUCCUGUGCUAACAAUUGGAGAAAAGUAUUUUAUUCCACUUGGACUCACAUUCUCCAUUAUUAUUCCAACACUUGUGCCAGUUUAUUAUUGGAAUGAAACCUGGAAAACUGCACUGUGGGCUGUAUUUUUGCGAUAUUCCAUUGGAGCCAAUGUAACGGGAACAAUAAAUAGUUUUGCACAUUUUUUUGGUAGUAAACCAUACGAUCGGGAUAUAACUUCAGUGGAAAAUAAACUACUCUCAAUUAUAACAUUGGGUGAAGGAUGGCAUAAUUAUCAUCAUGUAUUUCCUUUUGAUUAUAAAGCAGGAGAACUUCCAAUUUAUCCUUUCAAUAUGACAACAUUAUUCCUUGAUAUGUUUGCAAAAAUAGGUUGGGCCUACGAUUUAAAAACUGCCUCACCAGACAUGAUAGAAAAACGUGCCAUUAGAACAGGUGACGGUACUCAUCAUCUUUGGGGUUGGGGCGAUAAAGAUCAACUGCAAGAAGAACGAGAACAAAUUAUUAUCACACAUCAAACAAAAUAUGACUAAUUAUAUAUAUAUAUAAAAAAAUUUCCACAUUCUUUCUCUUAUUUCUUACAAUUAUUUAGAUUUUUGAUUCUUUUGUUUAUGAAUUAUAAAUUGUUUUUUAUUAUUAAAAUUGCAAAAUAAAAUUUUGUAGGUAUUAAA